AUGCCCGACGGCUAUUCUUCAAAUUUAGCAAGGUGUGCUGACGCCAACACUGGGAGGUUGCAUGGUAUGAAAAGUCAUGAUUGCCAUGUUUUUAUGGAACAAUUGCUACCAAUUGCAUUUGGUUCUCUACCUAAACAUGUGCUUAAUCCACUGACUGAAAUUAGUCAAUUUUUCAGAGAUAUUUGUGCUUCAGCUUUAAAAGUAGAUGACGUCAUUAAGUUGGAUCGAAAUAUUCCAGUCAUUCUAUGCAAGUUGGAACAAGUAUUUCCGCCUGGUUUUUUUGACUCCAUGGAACAUUUACCUGUGCAUCUCGCCUAUGAAGCUUAUCUUGGAGGACCUGUUCAAUAUAGGUGGAUGUAUCCGUUUGAAAGGUUCAUGGGUGAUUCAAAACGAUCAGUGAAAAAUAAGGCUAGAGUUGAAGGAUCGAUAUGUGCACAUUACUUGCAUCGAGAAACAUCACAUUUUUGCAGUCACUAUUUCAAGCAUUUGAUGUUAACUCCAAGAAUCAUUCGAAAUCCUGUCAAUGUUAGUGAAAGGAGUCAAUUCACUUUAUCGGUCUUCGGGCUUCCAGGCCGUCCAUCUGGAAAAAAGGGUGUGCAUUGGUUGACCCAACAAGAAAUGCAAUCUGCCCAUGUUCAUGUCUUGAUCAACUGCGUUGAAGUUAAACCAUUUCUUGAGGAAUUCAACAACACCUAUUUUCAUACUACCGGUGUACAAUCAACAUCUGGUGUCAUCCAUGCUCAAUUCCCAGCAUGGUUUAAGGAGAGAAUGUAUAGCAUUGUUGCACCGACUCCCGAAAUACUCCAUUUGAGAAACUUGUCUCAAGGCCCUAUUCAAAGCGCAAAUGAAUGGCACACAUACUUCGUGAAUGGAUAUAAAUUUCACACUCAUACAUGGACUGAAGGGAAAAAGACCAUAAACAGUGGUGUUUUUGUGAAAGGAGUUACAGAUGGUGGUGAAGAUGACUUCUAUGGUUUUGUCAAACAUAUCUAUGAGUUAGUUUUGUCUGAUACAAUGGUUGAGGGGCAUCUAGUUGAUUCGUCUAUAUUGGAUGAAGAGCAUGGAGAUAUUGCAUCUGAGGACAAUAUCACAUCAAAUGAUGAGAAUGAUGUGGAUGACGAGCACGAAGAUUUAGAAUAA